AUGCAAUGUUCCAAUGCUGCAUUCAAAACAGUUAAAUCCAUUGCUGACCAGCUCGGUAUUAAAAUCAAAAAUGAUGCUCUUGCAGAAUCUCUUGCUCAAGAUGCUGAAUAUCGUGUUUCUAAGUUUAUUCAGCCUUUAGUUAAUUAUUUUGAAAAUUCAGCUGAUAAAUAUCUUACUACAGACCAUAUAAAUCAUAUACUUAGAGUACAAGCAAUUCCUCCAAUUUUUGGCUUCACAAAUAAAAGUGAAUUAGAGUUAACUCCACCACAGAGUACACAAGAUACUACGUUUUAUGCAUACAUCGAUAAAAAAGUUGAAUUGUCUCAAAUUUGCAACGAAACAACUCAAACUCAAAAUAGACCUCGUGAAAUUAAGACAUCAUACAAAUUAAUUAACGGCCAGAUAAUAAACAAUAUGCGUACUAGUAAUCCCGCAUCAAAUGACAAUGGAAUUAAGUCUAUUUUUGACCAAUUUAAUAAAAGCGGUAAUACAUUUGAUCCAAUGUCCAAAGAUAAAGAGCAAAAUGAAUUAACCGAAGAUCUCAAAUCAUUUUACACCAGUAUUGUUUCUGAAUUAUCAAAUCCAGUUGAAAACGAAACUGUUUACGAAGAAUUGAGCCAAACAGGUGGAAUUCAACCACUUAUUCCAUACUUCUUACAUUUCUUCUAUUUCCAGAUAGCUUCUUUUCUUGAUAAAAUUGAAGCGAUGAAAGCAGUUGGAAAAGCCGUUGUAGCACUUCUUAUCAACAGAUCCGUUCAGAUAGACAUAUACGCACACUCAUUUAUGAAGAUCGGAAUUUGUUUGGCCACAAAAGAAGUAAUUACAAAAUGCGCAAGAGAAGAUUGCUAUAUUAGAGAUAUCGGUGCGAAUAUUGUAAGCUUGAUAACAAGCAGAUGCUUGAAUAGCUUUCCAAACGCUGAUAUCGAAUGUUUUAAUUAUUUCAACGAUAUAAUCUUUUCAGAAAACAACUCGAUUCAUGUAUUGUAUGGAGCUCUUUCUGGUAUAUUUUCAUUGGGUAAUGAUUAUAUUGAAAGAAUUCUUCCGCAUCUUCCUUUCAUUUUGAGAUAUGCACACUCUAUAUCGUCUGGAGAUGAUACUUACUUCCACCUUGUUCGUAGAUUGAUCUGCGAUGAACUUACAAGGAUUCCUGGAAAUUCUGAGCUUCAUGAUAAGGCUCAGCAGAUUUACACCGUUAUCAACUCUGAAUUUAGAGAAACAUUUUAA